UAUAGUGCAUGUAUAUAUCUUACAAUGUAUUUUGGAUGGUUCAAGAAAACAAGACGAUCUGAUGCAUUAUCUAUUGUGGAGCUGUUGGUUCGUAUGGACUGCGAUGGAUGCCAGAAAAGGGUGCGAAGGGCAAUCUCUAAAUUAGAGGGCGUUGACAGCAUGGAGAUCGACAUGGACCGGCAAAAAGUGACGGUGAAAGGGUACGUGGAGGGGCGGCGCGUGCUGAAGGCGGUGAGAAGAGGGGGGAGCAGGGCGGAGCUGUGGCCGUUCCCGGACGACGGCGAGUACUUUCCCUACGCCGCUCAGUACUUGGACGAGUCAAACUUCGCCCCCACUUACAACUACUACACCCACGGCUAUAACGAGAGCAUGCGCGGCUAUUAUCCCACCCUGCCUUACUCCACCCUCGUCGACGACAAUGUCACCUUUAGCUUUAGCGACGACAACGUUCAUGCCUGCAUCCUCAUGUGAUCUCAUUUUUAUCUUCUUCUUCUAAAAUGAAUUUAAUAUUAUGGUGAUCAACUGGUAUUUUGAGAUCGUUGGUAAGUGAAUUACUAAUGUAAUUAUAAAAAAAUAUAUAUUAUCCAAA